UUGCUUUCUAUAGCCAAUCUGAUUCAUUUCUUUUAUCAUUUCAAAAGAGUUUUGAAUACCUCUUUGAUCUCCUUCCAUUGUUGUUACCUAAACUACCCCUUUCUCUGUUCAUCUUCUGUCUAACCCAAAAAAAAAAAAAGAAAAAAAGAAGAAGAAAGGAUUUUGAAGCUUGUAUGAUCAACAAAUGAGUAGUUUUUAAAAAAACAUUGUGUUCAUUGAGUAAAAUUAAAACAUGGGUUCUUGUGCUUCAGUUAUAAAACAAGAAGAUUCGGUUUCUAAGAGUAAUAAAAUGUUCUUAGUUUCAUCACCUGUAAAGCAGCAGCAGCAGCAGCAAAAACAAGUCACUCAACAAGUCAAUGGUGGUGGUCUGAUCAAUGAUUUGGGUUCAAAGUAUCCUUCAGCAUCAACACCUCCUCCUUGGUAUAAAACUCUAGGAGACUUAGGUAGUAAAGAAGAGACCUUCUUUGAUUCUCAGGCUUGGUUAGAUUCAGACUGUGAUGACUUUUACAGUGUUAAUGGAGAAUUUACUCCCUCGGCCUCCCGUGGAAGUUCUCGUGGUAGUACUCCUUUACACCUGACAAGCUUCAUGGGAACACCUCAACGUGCUAAAUCUCCUUUAUCAGAGAAAGCAUUCAACUCGAUACCCGAAACACGCUCAACAGAGAAGAGAAAGAAACUUGCUGAUCUCUUUCGAGAUAGUUUCGAUGCUGGCAAAGCCUCUGAUGACCAAAAUGCUUCAGGUAAGCCUCUGAUAGCAUUUGGUAUACUAGAAGUUGAAAAAACAAAUAACCUUGAUGACCCUCCCAAAUCUUUAAAUGAAACCCCAGUUUUGUCAGAAACAAAUUCGGUAUCCAGUAGUGAGAAGAGUCCUGAUAGAAUUCCCAAACCUGAGAAAGAGAAGUUAACUAAAGCUGUUCGACGCUGCCUGCCCAAAAUGAUUCCAAGCUGUAGUUCGGCUGAGAGAAAGAAGAGGCAUAGCAUGAGUCCCAUCCGGAACGGAGGAGGAGUAUAUAACUCCACCAUUGCUUGACUUCCUUUCCUUUCUUAGUUGGGGGUACUUCUAUUUUCGUGUAAAUGAAGAAAAGCCAGUAUGUAAACAAGUGAUUUUUAUUAAGUUUUUCCAGUUCCAUAGUAGGUUAUACUAGUCGGAUAUAACUUAGGAAUUUUUACUUUAAUCUUCUGUGUUGCAAAUGUAGUUGCAAUCUAUUUAUUUACUCUUAUAUGAUGCAUAUAUCAGUUGCUACAACAUUUA